AAAGAUUCCACAACUCGCCUCCAACAGUUUUCCUCCUCUCUCUCUCUCUCUCUCUGUUUCCUUCCACAACCAACAAAAAAAAAAAUCGAUUCCGUUAAGCUUCCCUCUUCCCGAACAGAACCUCGCUGAUCGCCGCCUGGAAGAUCCAAUUUCCUCCGGGAGUGGAAAAAAAUAGCUCAGCGUCUUUGAGUUUGAGGAGAUGGUGUCGCCCGAAAACGCUAAUUGGAUAUCCGAAUUGAUCGACGCAGAGUAUGGAAGUUUCACAAUUCAAGGCCCUGGCUUCUCCUGGCCUCUUCACCAGCAACCUAUUGGCGUUUCCAGUCUUGGAGUUGAUGGCUCAGCUGGAAAUUCAGAAGCCACCAAGGAACCUGGCUCCAAAAAGAGGGCGAGAUGUGAAUCGUCCUCUGCCACUAGCUCUAAAGCCUGUAGAGAGAAGCAGCGACGUGACAGGCUGAAUGACAAGUUUAUGGAAUUGGGUGCAAUUUUGGAGCCGGGGAAUCCUCCCAAAACAGACAAGGCUGCAAUCUUGGUCGAUGCUGUCCGCAUGGUUACACAACUACGUGGCGAGGCGCAGAAGUUGAAGGACUCCAAUUCGAGUCUUCAAGACAAAAUCAAAGAGUUAAAGACCGAGAAGAACGAGCUGCGAGAUGAGAAGCAGAGGCUGAAGACAGAGAAAGAGAAGCUGGAGCAACAGCUGAAAGCCAUGAAUGCUCCUCCUCAACCAAGCUUCUUCCCAGCCCCACCUAUGAUGCCAACUGCUUUUGCUUCUGCGCAAGGCCAAGCUCCCGGAAACAAGAUGGUGCCAGUCAUCAGUUACCCAGGAGUUGCCAUGUGGCAGUUCAUGCCUCCUGCUUCAGUCGAUACUUCUCAGGAUCACGUCCUUCGUCCACCAGUUGCUUAACUGGGACGACCCUCAAGAAAAUCAUCAACUGGUUUGCUUCUUGCUUCCUCCGAAAAAAAAGAAAAAAAGAACAAAAGUCCAUUUGUUUUGCUCUCCUCUUUCUCGGCUUUCUUAGUCUUAUGGUUGCUUUGGUCUUCUCGGUGUUAUCUUCUUAUAACAGUUAUCUUUUGAACAAUGAUUUGGCAUUGUAAACUCCAAUUGCUUGGCGCAACUUUAUCUAUUCACAUGUAAAUUUAAGAUA